AUGCAUCGAGAAAAGUACGAAACUCCGUAUAUAGUUGAGCUGCCUGAUGAUCAUCCAGAUGACACAAAGCAUGUCAGAUACAGUGUUUCAUUACCACGUGGGAAACGAGUUAUUGCUCUUCGAUACGAGAAACAAACACCGUCGACGUCUUCUGAAGGGAAACCGAGAACAAAAAGAAUCCGUUCGGCUGCUCAACUGCUCGGUGAUAAAGAAGAUUUUUGUUGCAGGACGUGUUUCAAAAGAUUCUCCCGAAAAUAUAAUUUGGAACGACACGAAGAUGCGUGCUGUCCCAAACCAAUUCUCUAUCAAUGUCCCGUUUGUCACCGAAAAUACCAAAAGGCUCCUUAUUUUGCGGCGCACAUUCGACAACACGAAGCUGAAGAGAAUCGCCAACAGCGUGAAAGGAACUCCAGACAUCUCGCAAUUGAACACUCGAAUAUGGAAGAAAUACGAAGGAGAGCUGAAGAAUCAGUUGAUAAACUUUCAAUUCCCUAUGAAUUCGGUACUUUUCUUUAG